GAUGUUAAAUCUAAACCUAAAACUUAAAGCAAAUUUAAUUAACAAAAAAAGUUCUUUUCUAAAGCGUCACAUGUCACAUGGAAAGAUGAUUUGUUGCAGGCUUUUUAAUAAUGAUAUAAGAGAUAUUACUAAUGAUGUUGAUUUUUUUAGUUAACUUUUGUUUGUUUUAAUUCUUAUUUUUUUUACAUUUUUUAAAAGUUUUUGUUUUAGUUUUAUAUUGAAUUUAGUUAAUAUAGUUUAUGUUUACAUAAUUUUUGUUUUAAAACAUAAUUUCUCUUAAAAAUGAUGUUGAUUUUUUUUAGUUAACUUUUAUUUGUUUUAAUUCUUUUUUUUACACUUUUAAAAAGUUUUUGGUUCAGUUUUAAAUUGAAUUUAGUUCAUGUAGUUUAUGUUUACAUAAUUUAUGUUUUAAAACAUAAUUUCUUUUAAAAGAAGUUAAACUAACUAGAACCUAAUUAAACUGAUCCAAAAAACAAACUCAACCGAACCGAAUACAAACCGAACCGAAUAUAAAUUGAACUGAACAUAAACCGAACUAAACCAAACUAACUAUAGUUUAUUUCAGUUGGAAAAAUACUAAAACUAAACUAACCAAACCGAACCGAGAAAAUAACCGAAGUGUCCACCCCUAAUAAAUACUCUCUGAAAGAAAGUAGGCCCCAUCCGAACAUUUCGAACCAAAACACACACAGAGAGGAAGGACUUUUCCUGUCAAUUAAAACAAAACUUCUUUCUUACUCCCAAAACAAAUUACUUUUGUUUACUAGUAAAACGAAAGAGAAACGAAAAAUCACCCUUAGAUUAAUUUUCUGUAAUAUUUCCAUCAAUUUAUUUUCAAUGUGAAUGUCUAAUUUUAUCCAGUGAUCAACUUUUGCCGGUUGUUUUCUAAAAAACUUCUCAGUUUGCUAUUUGCCACCAAAUAGAUACAAACUUAUUUAUUACAUUAUCUAUAACUUUAAAUAAUUAAUUACUAAAUGAUUAAUUAUUUUUGGGAAAAAUUAGACUUGUUCUUUCUUAUAAAAUUACACAUACAUUUCCCUUCAACUAGUGUAAAGUGUAAACACGAGACCUCUUUCUCAACGCGUGCUUCAAUGAAAAAUUCACCAAGAUACAAAGAUAACGCACAGAGCUCGCUUCCUUCACCAAGCAGCAUCAGCAGUCCGACCCGACACGUUACCUCCAUGUCUGAACGAACUACCUUCUUCCAAACCGAUGCUUCCUCCUUCAAGCAAGUUGUCCAGAUGCUCACCGGAUCCUCCAAGAAGCCUAACCCGAACAACAAACCCAAACCGAGGUACUCAAUCCCUCCAGUCAAAGCUUCCCCCAGCAAGAAGCUAUCUUCCUCCUCCUCAGAUUUUCGCCUCUACGAACGCCGCAACUCGAAGAAGCAUCUCAAGAUCCAUCCGGUACAUUCAGGAUUACCCGAGAAACUUUCCCCCAGCAUCCUGGACUUUCCUUCUCUGGUUCUCAGCCCUGACACUCCUCUCAUACCCGUACCGUUUAUUCAAACCGGGUCUUUGAAUAAGAGCCCGAGCUCCGACGCUGAAGAGAGAGCAAUGAAAGAGAAAGGGUUUUAUUUACACCCGUCACCGUCGACGACUCCGAGGGUUUUAGAGCCCCGACUUCUCCCUCUAUUUCCGUUGACUUCUCCUAGGGUUUCAGAUUCUGUCGCGGCCUCUACUACCCCAUGAAACUUAAUAUUUUAGCUAAUUUUUUAUUUGCAAGUCUUGUCUUUUUUUGAUGUUUCUCUUUUAUAUAAUGGAAGAUGAGAUGAUGCGUAGUGAGAAUUAAGGAUUAUAUUCUUAGAAAACUUGUAAUCAGGUUUUGUUAGAUUUAUUCGUUGUUGAACGGCUUUGUUCUAUUAAUUGCAGUAAAGUAACAUAUGAAGAAAAGUUUAAUCUUCUUUUACAAAAAAAAAAGAGAGAAAAGUUUAAUCUUAGGUAACCAAAUUUUUUGUUGCAACCCUUUGGUUCAUGCAUUGAAUAAUCCUUUUGAUUAUAAUGUUUUCAACUAGUUUGACAUAGGGUUUUUAUCCUUUUUGGGCUUUAUGUAACUUAUAGAGAUUUACCGAACUGAUGUAAGAAUCAUUCUUUUUGAUAUUAAAUUCACAUUACCAAAACAUAAUAAUUUGGUUGCAUGAUUUUUCAAUAAAAGCAAGCUUUAACUUGCAUGUUAACGUAAAAGGUUUUUGACAAGGAAUAGACAAAUUGAGAAAGGAAAAAGAAGUGGCGGAAAGGAGUAAACUCAAAAAGAGUGGGGAUACUACUUGAAUUUGAAUGGUGAUACCGCUACAAGGAAAAGGUUUUAAAAUUCUCACUUUUUACUCGGGUUUUACUUUUACCAGUUGAUAUGAUAUGGAUAUGCUAGGAAGUGAAUUUAAGAAAACAUGCCUAUGAUAUACUCUCUUGUGGGGCAUAAAAACAUAUUUAUUAAGUUUAACAUUGCUCGGUUCAGAUUUUGGAUUGAUUGACUGUGGUGGGUCUCUUAGUAAAUGACCUUUUACGGCAAGUGUCAUGUCCUAAUCAACAAGUCAAUGACUCUAGUCUCUUCUGCAUUGUGGGGUAUUUUGGGUUUACGCGCUUUUGUAGCGUAUGGGUCUAAACAUGGCAGGCGCCUUUAGUCUUCAGAAUCAAAGGUGGGAACGUUAAGUGCAUGGAGGUUCCCUAUAGGGAAUUUGUUGAUCUUUAAUGUUGGAACAGCUAG